UGCCUGCCCGGGCCGCUGACGGCCGGCACCGCCGCAGCCUCGCAGCCGCCACUGAGCAUGCUCGGCUCCCGCACAUCCGCCGGCGGCCGAGCGGGGGGAGCGGAGCCGGUGCCGGCGGGCUCGGCCCGCGCAGGAGGCGGCGGCGGGGCCGCCAUGAACCGCGGCGGGGCGGGGGCGGCGCCCGCCUUCCCCGGCCCCGUGCAGUUCCCCGGCAGCACCACGGUGCUGGUGGAGCUGACGCCCGACAUCCACAUCUGCGGCAUCUGCAAGCAGCAGUUCAACAACCUGGACGCCUUCGUGGGGCACAAGCAGAGCGGCUGCCAGCUCACCAGUGCCACGGCCGGCGCCACCAGCACCGUCCAGUUCGUGUCCGAGGAGACCGUGCCGAGCACACAGGCUCAGAGCACGAGCAGGACCAUCGCCUCCGAGACACAAACCAUCACAGUUUCUGCCCCAGAGUUUGUUUUUGAGCAUGGCUACCAAACCUACCUGCCCAGCGAGAGCACGGAGCCUCCAGCUGCUGCUGUCAUCUCCACACCCCCAAAAGCAAGGUCCAAGAAACCCUCCUCCUCAGUGCCCCUGAAGAAACUCAGCUGCCUGUACCCAGGGUGCCAGUUCAAGACUUCCUAUGGUAUGAAGGAUCUGGAACGUCAUCGGCGAACGCACACAGGAGACAAGCCCCACAAGUGCGAGGUGUGCAGCAAGUGCUUCAGCCGCAAGGACAAGCUGAAGAUGCACAUGCGCUCGCACACGGGCGUGAAGCCCUACAAGUGCAAGCACUGCGAGUACGCGGCGGCCGACAGCAGCAGCCUCAACAAGCACCAGCGCAUCCACUCCAACGAGCGCCCCUUCAAGUGCCAGAUCUGCCCCUACGCCAGCCGCAACUCCAGCCAGCUCACCGUGCACCUGCGCUCGCACACAGGAGAUGCCCCUUUCCAGUGCCAGGUGUGCCCCGCCAAGUUCAAGAUCAACUCGGACCUGAAGCGGCACCUGCGGGUGCACUCGGGGGAGAAGCCCUACAAGUGCGAGUUCUGCGAGGUGCGCUGCGCCAUGAAGGGCAACCUGAAAUCCCACGUGCGCAUCAAGCACAGCAUGGAGAACACCCUCAAGUGCCCCGAGUGCGACUUCCAGUGCGGCAACAAGACCAGCCUGAGGCACCACAUCCGCAGCCACCAGCCCGAGCAGCCCGUCAAGUGCUCCGAGUGCAGCUACUCGUGCUCCAGCAAGGCGGCCCUCAAGGUGCACGAGCGCAUCCACGGCAAGGAGCGCCCCUUCAAGUGUGACUUCUGCAGCUUCGACACCAAGCAGCGCAGCAACCUCACCACCCACGUCCGCAAGGCCCACGGCGACAAGGCCAAGGGCAGGAAGCACUCGCUGGACAAGAAGGAAGGAGAGAGGCCGAAGCAGGGCGGCUCCAGGCAGGUUGCCAAGCUGGACGCCAAGAAGGCCUUUAAGUGUGACCUGUGUGACGCGUCCUUCGUGCGGGAGGAUUCUCUGCGCAGCCACAAGAAGCAGCACAGCCUGUACAACGGCUCCAAGGGCAGCGAGCUGGCCGUGCUGCAGCUCCAGAUGGAUCCCAGCCGCCAGCCCAGCGCCCCCAUCACCGUCAGUCACCUCCAGGUGCCGCUUCAGGCCGCUCAGGUGGCCCCGUACAACGAGGGCAGAGUCAAGAUCAUCGUGGGCCACCAGGUGCCUCAGGCCAACAGCAUCGUGCAGGCCGCCUCUGUGAACGUGGUGCCCCCGGGGCUGCUGGGCACGGGGCAGGAGGAGGUGCUGGGCAGCGGCCGCCUGCAGCUGCUGGGCCAGGUCAGCGUGCUGGCCCCGGCCCCGGCCGCGGGGGACGCGGGGCCGGUGGCGGAGCCGGCCGUGCUGCUGACCACCCAGGAGCAGGGCGAGGGCAGCGCCCUGCACCAGGCCCUGCUCCCCGGGGCUGCCCCCGGGCACGAGCCCCCCGCCAGCCAGGCCUUCAUCGCCAGCUCCGGCAUCAGCUGCUCCGACCUGGAGGGGCUCAACGCCCUCAUCCAGGAGGGGGCCACGGAGGUGACCGUGGUCAGCGACAGCGGGCAGAGCAUCACCGUGUCCACGGCUGCUCCUCCUCCCCCCAUCUUCUCGUCCUCCUCCCACACUGAGGGCCCCAAGCAGAGCUAUUCCAUCAUCCAGAGCGGGGCUCACACGGCGCUGCUGUGUCCCGCAGACUCCAUCCCCGAUUAGGGGCUGCUGUGGACACAGGGGCUGCUCUGGGCACAGGGGCUGCUCAGGACACAGGGGCUGCUCUGGGCACAGGGGCUGCUCUGGGCACAGGGGCUGCUCAGGACAGAG